UCCAAUAAAUCAUAUUAAACACUAAAUUAUCAACAUCAAAAUAUAAAGUAAGGAAUUUAAGACUUUGCUUAGUAGCAACGCUAGCUGUCUCAGACCAUAAAACCAACGAGACCACACAUGUGUUAAUAUAGGUAUAAACAUAUCAGAUCAAACAAGCAAAGCAACUUAGCAAACGAAGAGUAUAAGAUAUCAAACUGGAAAGAUCAGAGGGUGAAAAAUAAUGGCGGAGACUGCCGUUGGCUUUGUUAUAGACCAGAUGAUCCAGUUUUCAACUCAAGAAGCAAAGUUGUUGAGAAGUGUUCAUGGACAAGUUUCCGAAAUCAAGCUUGAAGUUGAUAUCAUCAAAUGUUUUCUCAAGGAUGCUGAUGCAAAAGCUGAAGCAGCUGAAGAGCAUCACCGACGUAGCGGCCAUGACGAUGGAGUUAAAAUAUGGGUGAAUCAAGUAAGGCAAGUAGCAUUUCGAAUUGAAGAUGUUAUUGAUGAAUAUACACUUCUCCACUUGGCACGACCGAGAGGAUGCACUGCUUAUCUCCUCCCCAAAAAUAUUGUUUGCUUCUUCACCAAGCUCAAAACCCGCCACCAUAUAGCCAGAGAACUACAAGAAAUCAAAGAAAGUGUUUGUCCAAUCAGGGAAAGAAGUGCAAGGUAUGGAUUCAUUUCCCUUGAUAACGGACAAGCAACUCAAAAUCCUGAAUGGCAUGAUCUCCGGGACUCUUCUUUGUUCCUCAAGGAAGCUGAAGUGGUCGGAAUUGAAUCUGCAAGAGAUGUACUGAUUGACUGGUUGGAAGAUAAAUCACCUCAUCGAACUGUAAUUGCAGUGGUGGGGAUGGGGGGUAUUGGCAAGACCACUCUUGCCAAAAAAGUUCAUGAUCGUGUGAAGGCGCAAUUCGAUUGUCAUGCUUGGAUCCUAGUUUCUCGAUCAUACAACAAAGAGGAACUACUAAAGAAUCUGCUGAAGAAUUUGACUGGCCAGACAAGAAAUGACGAAAUGGAUAGGCUGACACUGAUAAGCAAAAUAAGAGAUGCUUUGCAAGACAAGAGAUAAUAAAAACGGUGGAAGAAUAGUGAUCACCACAAGAAUAUGGAGGUUGCAAAUUUUUGUAAACAAUCCUCAGUUGUUCGUGUCCAUGAGCUAGAAUAUUUGCCACCACGAAUGGCAUGGGAACUCUUUUGCAGUAAGAUUUUCCAACACGAUGAUGAAUUUGGAGGAAUAUGUCCUCCUGAGUUGGAAAAUUUGUCUCGUAAGAUUGUUGAACGAUGUCAAGGGUUACCGCUUGCAAUCGUAGCCAUAGCGGGUCUUCUAUCAACUAAACCUAAAACAGUUGAUGAGUGGCGAAAGUUGCAUGAUAGCUUUAGCUUUGAGUUGGAGAGCAAUCCUAAACUUAUAAGUAUAACAAAAGCCUUAUCACUGAGUUAUAAUGAUCUACCUUACUACCUCAAAUCUUGCUUCUUAUACAUUGGCAUGUACCCUGAGGACUACCCCAUCAAAUGUUCAAGGCUAAUCCUACAAUGGAUAGCGGAGGGUUUCGUAACUCCAAAAGGGGAUGAAACAGUGGAAGUAGUUGCAGAAGAAUACUUGACUGAGCUAAUACAUAGAAGUUUGGUUCAAAUAUCGAGAUCAAGCUUGAGUGGAAAAGUUAAAGAGUGUUGCAUCCAUGAUUUUCUACGUGAGAUGAGUCUUCAGAAAAUACAAGAAUUAAACUUUGGCCAAGUUCUGUCACAAUCUGAAACUAGUUUUACAGAAGGUAGUAGACGCAUAUCAAUUAUCAAAAGUAGUCCAUUUGACGUCCUCGAGGAUUGCUACAAUUCUCGUGUUCGUGGCAUUCUUUUUUUCGAAACAUAUGGCCCUGGUUAUGCAUCAUAUCUUCCUGAGUGUGGAUUCCAUGCAAAUUAUAAGCUCCUUAAAGUACUAGAUCUUGAAGGCAUUCGUGUAGAUCGUAUUUCAAAAAGUAUUGGAAACUUAUUUCACUUGAAAUAUUUUAGUGUGGCAAAUUCAAUAGUAAAGAUGAUCCCAAGGUGCAUAGAGAAACUACAAAACUUGGAGACUCUAAAUCUAAAGAAUACAUUAGUAAAUGAGUUACCAGUUGAGAUCAAUCGACUUCAUAAGUUGCGCCAUCUUUUAGCGUCCAAAGGAACUAAACUGCAAGAAGGGAUUGGGAGUUUGACAUGUUUACAGAAGUUAUAUGAUGUAAAUUAUCACUAUAAGAUUGGUAGUGGUGGUGGUGCUGCUGAUGAGCAAAUGUUAGAGCUGAGAAAGUUGACACAAUUGAGAAAGCUGGGCGUCUGCAACCUCAAAAGAGGAGAUGGAGAAAGUCUUUGCGAGUGUAUCAAUGAGAUGAAACACCUUGAAUCCUUAAUGGUAACUGCUGAUUAUCUUGUGGGUGAUUAUGUUGAUUUGGAAUCGUUGUCAUCUCCACCUGAAUUCGCGGAGGCUGUUUUUGGAUGGACGAUUAUUGAAGUUGCCUGGAUGGAUCAUAAAACUAUGAAAUCUAGUGAAACUAGAAAUUCGGCUUUCGUCUCUGGAAGAUAACCCACUUGAAGUGCUUCAAAAUCUGGACAACUUGCUGAUGCUUUCAAUGACUUGGAAUGCAUAUGUGGGUGAGAGACUAGAGUUCAAGCAAGGAGUGUUUCCAAAACUGAAGCUUCUGAAUCUGAUAGAUUUGGAAAAUUUGAAUUCAUUGGUAAUUGAGGAAGGAGCAAUGCCCAAUCUUGAACAGCUUUUCAUUGGAAACGACGGCUACCCCUGGCAACUCAAGGAACUGCCCUCUGGGAUCCAACAUUUGAGAAAUCUUAAAAAGCUUGUGCUUCUGUAUAUGCCAGACGAACUCCAACAAAGCCUGAAACUUGGGGGACGACAUUAUCAUAUCGUUCAACAUGUACCAGAAGUGAGAUUCCGCCUUUUGCCGUCUGAAUUUAAUUGAGAGUUAUGCUGCUGCAGUUAGCACAAUUUUGAAUUCACUGUGUUUUGGUUGUUCUCAACCGGUACCCUUAUUAUUAGGAAGGUAAAGAUUUUUUAGUAGUGCAUUGCUUAACCAUAUUGGUUCCUUUUCCCUUCCAAGUUAUCUCUUCCUUCUUAUUCAAGUGUUUCAUUAAAGUUUAGGAAGUAGUAAUUGAAUGCCGUUUGAAUGCUGCCAGGGCUGCAGAAGUGGACUUGUCUCUACGUAUUUUCUCUAUUUGUAUAUAGACAAAUCAUACGUGGUAUUAUUUUUACUUUUUAAUGUACUGUUGGAAAACAUGUGUACCUUUCUCUUCUUUUUUUUUUUUUUUUUUUUUGUAAUUUUAAUUUCAGGUAAGUGAUAUGUGUGCCAUAUGAAAGUAGCACUAGUUUAUGGAUCAGUUUGCUGAUUUGCAAAGAAAUUUCUGCCAAUUAAAUGCUUUAGCUAGGCACCAUAUGUGUGUCAUAUCAAAAUAGCGCAUUGACUUGUGGAUCUGUGUUGUCGCAAGUAGAUUUAUGCAAAUUAUAUAUUGCUGCUUUGAUUGAACCUGGCCAAGUGCAACAGUUUUAAGUGUGUCUAGAGAAAAGUUUUCACUUGGUGGAAAAAGUUUUCAAUUUCUGCUGGAUAUCUUUUCUCUUUAUCCGAUCAAUUAUAUAUGGGUUAACAUCGUAUAAAUUGCCUGUGUUCUAUAUAUUAGAAAUAAUUCAGAAACAUCUCUGCCUUAGUCAAUUUCUCAAUUUGGAGUAAAUUUAAUUGAAAAAGAUUAGAUGAUAAUUGUACAUUGCUAAAAAUCUGAAAAAGCUGAAAAUUUUUGAAAACCUUGCAAUAUCUUAUUAAUAUAAAUAAUGUUUUUAAUUAGUAUUUUAACAAGACCUGGCACUCAGAAGACCCAUAAAGAAGAACCACUGUUAUCAUUUUUACCACGUAGACCUACUCUUCUUCUUCUUCUUCUUCUUCUUCUUCGUCUCCUUGUUGAUUUGCGGGUGAAGCAACAAAAAAAAUAAAAGAGAAAAAAAAAGAUAGAAGCUUUCUUCUUCUCGUUCUUCUUGCUUUGCAUUGAUAUGUACCAAAUUUGGCUUAUGAGUCCUAAUCUCUAUGGUAUGUGUAUCUUGUAUUUUUAGCUCUAUAAAAGGGUUCAGUGUCAGUAUCUUUAUAGAAGCAGUUGAAAGUAACAGUUAAUAAUUUCUUUAUAUGCUCCUUAUUUUUCUCCAAAUACUAAUAACUACUUAUGGAUAGAGAAGUGGCAAUACUAAUAGUUACCUAUGGAUAGCGAAGUAGAUUUCACUUAUAAAUAUUAUGUUGACUGUACAAAAACUUACAAUUAAAACAAGUUUAACUCCUAAUCCAACUUUAUAUUUAUCACCUUAUCUAUUUCUAUCUCUUCUUGACAAAAGGGAAUGUAUCAUGCAUAUAUUCUUCUUCUCCUAUUUCUUUUCUUUUGCUUUAUGAUUUGCAGAUCUAAUGGAUUGAAGAAGGACCAAAAAAUAAUAAUAAUAAUAAAAAUAAUCAUGUGCAAUGGAUUUUCAUUUGUGGGUUUCAAUUCCUUAAUUUUGGAUU